AUGAAUAAUGGAAUUGAAGAACAUUUAAGUAAAUCUCGCACAACCUAUAGAAAUCUUCAUCAUCCACCAAAUCAAACAAUAACGCCAUCAAGAGCUAAAUUAGAAAAUAAAAUACCUCCAAGUGACGAUAGUGAUGAUGAUACAACAUUACCAACAUUUGUUAAUCAAUUUUUUUUUCCUAAAAAUACAAUAAAAAAUGUUUCACCACCACCACCACCCUCAUCAUCAUCAUCAUCAAAUGAUACAGGAAUGUUUCGUGCUAUACGUGGUCAAGUUAUAAUUCAUCAUGAUCAUGAACGAUCAUCGAAAGUUCAAUGUGAAGAACCUCGAAAUAGCGUUGAAAAUGGUCACAAUCACGAAGAAGAAGACGAAGAAGAAGAAGAAGAAGAAGAACUUGAAAAUCUUUCAAUAAAUCGUACAAAUGGUGGAAAUUAUGAAUUACAUUAUGAUGUUGAUAAUCCUCUUGAAAUUUCUUGUUCAAUGUCACUUUCAUCAGCUGAAACUAUUUCUGAUCAUUCUCCAUCACCUGUACGUCAUACAUCAUCAAUUAAUAUUGAUGGAAAUAAUAAAUCGAAUUUUAAACAUGAACAUACACCUAUUGAACUAUCAGAUGAUAGUGAUGAUAAUGAUGAUGAUGAUGAUGAUAAUGAUGAUGAUAAUAAUGAUGAUGAUGAUGGUGGCGGCGGAAGAGGUGAUGAUACACCCUCAUCAAUCUUAAGUGAUAUUGAUUAUCAAGAAAAAGAGUUAAUUAAUCAUGAUAAUAUAAAAGAACAAGAUGAAAAAUUACGAACAUUUCGUGGUUGGCAUUUAUCAAUGCUUAAACAAAUUGAUGAAAAACUACGAGAAAUUGAACUUGAAACAGUAUCAAAUACAACUAAAACAAUAUCAAUUCGAAAAGAUAAAAAUUCUACUGAAAAAUCUUCAACAAAGAAGAAAAAAGUUUUUCGUCCAACUAUUCGUCGACGUUUUGAAACAACAAAUAUUAAACGUCAUAAUUCACCUAUACCACAAGUGAAAAUUAAUUCACAUCGUUCAUUAACACCAUCUGUAGAAAAAGAAUCACGUACACUUAUUAUUAAUUUACCACCAUCAUCUUCAUCAUCAUCAUCAUCAUCAUCACCAUCAGAUAAUGAACAAAAUUUUCCGCCAGCACCAUCAGAACCAAUACAUAUUCGUAUUGUUCAAAGUCCUAUUCAUCAAGCACGUCAACGUGCACAAAGUACUGAACCAUUAAUUUUACGUGAUCAAGGUGCACAAACUGAACCAUUUCAUGUGUCAAAUAAUAAUAUUAAUCAUCGACCUGCACGUCCAGCUAGUAUUGAAUGUGAUCGUCUACAAUCAACACGUUCAUUAACACUUACACAAAGAAAUCAAUUUUUUCAACAAUAUCGACAACAGCAACAACAACAACAACAACAACAACAACAACAACAACAAAGUCAGCAUCCAGGUGAACAAAUUAAAUUCUAUAGUUUACGUAGUAGAAAUGUUCAACCAAGACCAAGUAUUGUUACACAAGCACCUGUGUCAAUAUCGCAAUUACAAACAACAAGACCAUUUUUUUUUCCUAAACGACCAAUAUCUACGGAACGACAAGUUAAAUCUCCAUCGUCAAAUUAUCAACCAAUUGCGACCGCUGAUCCAUCUGUAUAUUCAGAUGAUUAUGGACACGUAACACAAAUGAAUACAAAAAACUUAGGAACAUUAGUUGAUAAAGUUUUUGAUGAUAUUUAUCAAGAUAAACCAUCAGAUUUCUAUCGAGAUUAUAAACAACUUUUAAAUGAUAUACAAAUACGAUUUAGUAUGGUACCUUCAGUAGAACAGCCAUCUGCUAUUCAUCAUCCUGUGCAUCCUCCUCCACCUCCACCUAUUCAUCGUCAAUUACCACCACAACAAGUUUUUGUUGAUUAUUCUCGAAUACCACAAACAACAUCAUCACAAGCUCAACUUUGUGACACACUCAUUUAUAUUCCUAAUCCUAUUUGA